AUGUUUCGAAUCACGGAAUGUCUGUCUCAAUGUUUUGGCGCAACGUCGAAGCCUGCUGUCUCGGAAACACCAAAUGACGUCAAAUAUGUUAACAAGCUUCGCAAGAAUCUUGGUAAGCCUGAGCCGCAGCGUCUACAGCCGAUCGAGCUGGUCGCUACCCCUGCCGAUGCCUUUUCGUCCUCCUCCACUCGUGCGCCGCCCACCACCCGCUUCCCGGUGAAGCCUGCCGUUGCCCCAAAGCCCGAGUCGGGCAACAUACUAACACGUGAUACCCUUGCUGAGGUGUUGAACGAGAUUGACAAGAUUGUUCCUUGCCGCUACGCUAUCAGCGGGCUUACUGCUCUGAUAGACCACGGCUUUACGGGGCGUGGAGCGAAAUCGGUUUCAAUACUGGUCCCGGCACACUCGAAGGAUAUAGUACGUCCUUGGGCCCAAACGAACGGCGGAAAGCUGUCUGCCGUGUCACCGGACCGCUUCGAGGUCCGUCUGCCAUCGGACGGCUCGUACCGGCCCGUUCGCAUCCGGUAUCUCAAUAAGGGCUUCGAUGAGCUGCAGAUUGUGCAGAGCAAUAUGAGCGCCGCCAAGGUGCUCAGCCUUACGAGCCAGCUGGAGCUCAUGGCCACGGCCUUCGUCAAGGAGUGCAAGCAGGGCAAAGCGCCGCAGCCGAAGACCGAGGCCGAGGAGGCCCGGGUCCGCACCAUCGUCGAGGACAUCUACUGGGCUCUGGGAUGGGGCAUCGAGCAGUCCCGGCCCCUCGACCCGCGGUAUCUCAAGAUUUUUCUCUCCAGCCUCUUCUGGGAGCCCCUGAUCCACUACGUGGGCGAGCCCGCCAGGGAAGCCAUGCUGCUCGCCGUGCGGGCCGGUGUCGACCUGGGCCACUACCUGGCGCGCGAGGCCGAGGACAAGCGGCGCAACGCCGACGUCCGCGACCACGACGACUUCCUGCGGCAGUACAACGUCCCGGGUCUGGGCGUUGUCGCGACCCAGCCCGGCCCCUUCGAGGACAUGCGCGGGCUGGGCCGCCGGGACUUGCAGAGCAUCUAUACCGUCCAAAGCAAAGACUCGCGGAGCGAGCUCGGAGCGGCGUCCACUGGCUCGUCCGUGGUCGGCUCGAGCCGCAGGCCCCCGCCCGGUCCCAGCAAGCUGCACAUCCAAGAGCGCGUCAGCCUGGACGAGGGCCUACGGCGGUCCAGGACCAUGGCUGGGCGCGGCAGCAGGAGCAGCAAUAGUGUUCGGCCGCUCCCAAACCAGAAUAAGUCUAGGACCAGUAUUGAUCUGGUGAAUGGCACGGGUACGCCGUCGGACUGGCUCUGA